ACUUCAGUUUUUUAAAUGUUUUUUGUUUUUGUUUUUGUUUAGCUGGCUCAAUCUGGACAGGAGGUAAUGACCUAAUGGUAGAAGGCGACUGGCGAUGGAUUAACAAUAUGGCCCGGAUUAGUCCGUUUACAAAUUGUGUGUGUGUGUUUUUUUUUUUUUCUACAGACGAACACUGUUUGGAGCUGCGUUACAAUAGAGGGUACAAGUGGAACGACAUCGACUGCGGGGAGAACAACGUUUUCAUCUGUGAAACACAGUAA